UUUGCACAUGAUGUACCCUGCCCAAAAUUCACCUAAGAAAAUUGCUACUUUAUAUAAAUAUAUUCCAUCUCAUGUUCUUUUUUCCUUCCACAACCCCAUUCAUAUACUUCAUUCUCCAUUUUCAGAAACAUAACACCAUCGACCAUUCCUAACUCUAAAUUGCAUCAAUAUUUAACAAGUUCAAACCAAAACAAUUUGAUGGCAAAAUACACCAAGUCUUUAAUUUCAUUCCCAAUACUUUUACAUACCUUAUGCUUCCUUUUGUUCCCUCAACCAUUAUUGUCUCAAGACAAUGAUUUUGUUCGUCAGCCAGCUAGUCAACUCAUCAUCACUCCUCAUCAACGCUCCAAUUCAGACCCCCAACAGGUGCACAUUUCAUUGGUGGGAAAAGACAAGAUGAGAGUAUCAUGGAUAACGGAAGACAAUGAAGCAAAAAGUGUGGUGGAGUAUGGAACAAAAGAGGGGGUGUAUAGUGAAAAAUCAAUGGGGGAACAUACCUCGUACCAAUAUUUUUUCUACAACUCUGGAAAAAUACACAACACUGUGAUUGGGCCUUUGGAGCCAAACACUACCUACUUCUACAAGUGUGGAGGUUUGGGUCCAGAGUUUUCGUUUAAGACACCACCUUCCAAGUUUCCUAUUGAAUUUGUUAUUGUUGGAGACUUAGGACAAACUGAAUGGACUGCAUCAACCUUAAAACAUGUAGACAAAAGCGACUAUGAUGUGUUUUUGUUACCUGGAGAUUUAUCUUAUGCUGAUUCACAACAACCACUAUGGGAUUCUUUUGGUCGUUUGGUAGAACCAUAUGCUAGUAAAAGACCAUGGAUGGUUACCGAAGGAAAUCACGAAAUUGAGAUUUUUCCAAUUAUCUACCCAAAUGGAUUUAAGGCCUAUAAUGCACGUUGGCCCAUGCCAUUCCAACAAAGUGGGUCCAACUCAAAUCUCUAUUACUCUUUUGAGGUUGCUGGGACCCAUAUUAUUAUGUUAGGUUCAUACUCUGAUUUUAAUGUUGAAUCACAACAAUACAAUUGGCUUCAAUUAGACCUUGCUAAGAUUGAUAGAGUGAAGACACCUUGGGUUAUCACAUUGUUGCAUGCACCUUGGUAUAAUUCUAAUGAGGCACAUCAAGGUGAAGGUGAAUCAAUGAGACAAGCUAUGGAAGAGUUGCUUUAUGAGGCUCGUGUUGAUUUGGUUUUUGCUGGACAUGUUCAUGCAUAUGAACGCUUUACUCGAAUUUAUGACAACCAGGCUGAUUCAUGUGGUCCAAUGUAUGUCACAAUCGGAGAUGGAGGAAAUCGUGAGGGACUUGCAUUAAAGUUUGAAAAACCUACAAGCCCACUCUCAUUGUUUCGGGAACCAAGCUUUGGACAUGGAAGGUUAAGAAUACUAAAUGAAACUCAUGCACAUUGGUCAUGGCAUCGUAACAACGACACUAAUGCAAUUGUAGCUGAUGGAAUUUGGAUAGAGAGCUUAAGCAACUUGAAAGCUUGCUCAGAGACACCAAACAAUCAAGUUGCUCAUGAAGAGUUGUAAAUUUCGCUUCAAAUCAAGAAAUAUUAAUUGCUACAAUUCUACAAAUAAUAUAAAGAAAAAUUAGACCGUUGUAAUUUUCUUAACUACUUGGAUGUUCUCUUGAGUUAUGAAGAGAAGUAAAUUAUGGCAUAUCACAAGCAAAGCUAGCCAGUCCAACAUAAUGUGAGGCCCAAACUCAACAUUUUACUAUGAAAGUAUAAUUUUUUUUAAAAGAUUGUACUUAUAUUUUACAAACAAAUUUUAAAGAGUCAUUUUUAAAGCAAUAGUUAUAUGUGAUCUAUGUUAUUAGUUGGUUAUGAGUUAUUGUCAUUAGAUGCAAACUUUAUUUUAGUGGUUGAGUUGUCAUAAUUUAUGACUUUCUCAUUUUGUUUAUAGAAAAAACUCUUAAUUUGAGUUUGUGUAAAAUUGUAAUUUGUCUAAUUGAUGUUUGAAUUUUUGUUGUUA